AUGGUCUCUUUCUCAAGCCUCUUUGUCGCUGCAUGCGCCGCUGUCAGUGCCCUCGCGCUUCCCAGUGACGUGGAAAAGCGCGACAUCACCCAGAACGAGCGAGGAACCAACGGCGGCUACUUCUACUCUUUCUGGACCAACGGUGGCGGCAGUGUCUCCUACAACAACGGCAAUGCAGGCCAAUACAGUGUCAACUGGAAGAAUUGCGGAUCUUUCACCUCUGGCAAGGGCUGGGCUACAGGUAGCGCCCGAAACAUCAACUUUUCCGGAAAUUUCAAUCCCUCCGGAAAUGCUUACCUGGCUGUCUACGGCUGGACCAAGGGCCCCCUCGUUGAGUACUACAUCAUGGAAAACUAUGGCGAAUACAACCCAGGCGGCAGCAUGACCUUCAAGGGAACAGUAACCAGCGAUGGGUCCGUCUAUGAUAUCUACAAGCAUACUCAGGUCAACCAGCCUUCGAUCAUUUCGGAUUCUAGCACCUUCGACCAGUACUGGUCUAUCCGUCGGAACAAGCGUAGCAGUGGAACUGUCACUACUGGUAACCACUUCAAUGCUUGGGCUAAGCUUGGAAUGGGUCUUGGAUCUCACGACUACCAGAUUGUUAACACUGAGGGUUACCAAAGCAGUGGAUCUGCAACCAUCACUGUUUCAUAA